CAAUUACUGAAUUACAGGCAGAGCUGUGAUUUCUCCAUCUGACGCUGCAUCACCCCUCGCCUCAUUACGAUUCUUUGGUUCGUAAUCGAAGACAAGCAAGGUGAGUGCAAUGCCUCUCCUAAGUAAAGCUGGGAGUAUACUUAGGCACACUGCAAACAGGCAGGUCAAGUCUGAGUUAUCGGCCAUCCAUCAGGCAAUAAGAUGCACAUCAUCCAUGGGAAGCAGCCCACCAGGGUUCGCAGGGCAAACUGUCAUGGACCGUGAUACCGGAAGAUCUACAGGACUUCGAUUCAAUACUUCUAGUGCCACCUUUCCCCUGAACAAACAGUCUCGAAGCAAUUGUGGUGGUUACACAGGAGCUGUAGCAGGUUAUUAUGGUCAACAUGGGAUCGGUGUUGGUUAUGGUUUGAGGAGAUAUGGAGGUGGAGCAUGUGACAAGGUUUUAUCCACUGGUACGAUCAGCAACAAUGGUCCUGGUGCUGGCAUUGGUAGUGCUGUCAGCUCCACCAUUAGUAGUGCUGAUAAAAUUGGUGUUGGUCAGAGAAAGAGCUUUUCCGUUGGAGCUACUGCAAACACUGGUGGUGGAUAUGAAAUUGUCUACACCCCGAGUGGUGCGAGCACGGCUAAUGAACAUGGAAUCCUACCCAGUACUCUUCGCCCGUUAUCCCCUCAUCUUCCUGUUUACAAGCCACAAAUCAAUUCGACAAAGUCAAUACUGGACAGAAUAGCAGCAUCUUACCUAUCCGCUAUAGUUCUGUUCUACCCUUUUGUUUGUGUGCAAAUGGGUACUAUUUGCUUCACCUAUGAGCCUUUCUACAAAUUCCUCUUUUAUUCUGUAAACCUUGUCCCCCUCUCCCUUGAGCUUGCUGCUCUAGCAACGGCCUAUCAUACUUAUAAUGGGAUCCGUCAUCUGUUGGGCCGAAUUUAAGGGAUUAAGGUUUCUUUAGAUUUGGAUAGCGAAAUAAGUGGAAACAAUUCUGAAAUGGGAAGUUCUUGGCAAUUCAAUAAUGGUGCUGUGUUUGGUGUUGGCGGUACUACUUCGGUGUAGGGGGUAGCAUAGUAGCUUUUCCGGUGGUGGGUGAUGAAACUGGUUACUUUCUUGAGAGGGCUGUGCUUUUCUGCAUUGUUACUAGUACUUUCCGUUUUGUCGUUUCGAUUAAAGUCCCCCACUCCGAUUCUGUGAACCAUAUAUUUCAUCUUUGUUGGAUUUCGCUCUCUGAGCUAUAUGGCACUUUUAUUCUGCUUUUAUCUUUCCACAUUUUUGAAUUG